AUUUUUUCUUUUUUCUCUAUCUGUCUUGUGAACAAAGAAAACUCUGAAUUGGGGUUUGUGAAAUAAAAACAAAAUCCCUAAAUUAAACAGAAAGAAAGUAAGAACACAGUGACACAGAGUUAAGCGGAAUCCGGCAGCAAGAAACUAUAAGCAACAGCUUUAGAGAGAGAAAGUAGAGAGAGAGAAAGGAAAAAAUGAGCAGCAUAGGAACAGGCUACGAUCUAUCGGUGACAACAUUCUCGCCGGACGGCCGCGUUUUCCAGAUCGAGUACGCCGCCAAAGCUGUUGAUAACAGCGGCACUGUGGUUGCCAUCAAAUGCAAGGACGGCGUUGUUAUGGGAGUGGAAAAAUUGAUUGCCUCGAAGAUGAUGUUGCCCGGUUCUAACAGGAGAAUCCACGCCGUUCACCGCCAUUCCGGCAUGGCUGUUGCUGGGCUUGCUGCAGAUGGCAGGCAAAUUGUGACACGAGCAAAAUCUGAAGCAACUAACUAUGAGAGUGUGUACGGCGAACCAAUUCCCGUAAAAGAACUUGCGGCACGUGUAGCCAGUUAUGUGCAUUUGUGCACACUCUAUUGGUGGCUCAGGCCGUUUGGAUGUGGAGUGAUUUUGGGAGGUUAUGAUAGAGAUGGGCCGCAGUUGUACAUGGUUGAACCAUCUGGAAUUUCCCAUAGAUACUUCGGUGCUGCCAUUGGGAAGGGCAGGCAGGCUGCUAAAACAGAGAUUGAAAAACUAAAGCUUUCUGAAAUGACAUGCCGACAAGGAGUUGUUGAGGUUGCCAAGAUUAUUUAUGGAGUACAUGACGAGGCAAAGGACAAGGCCUUUGAAUUGGAAAUGAGUUGGGUUUGUGAUGAGUCAAACCGUCAGCAUCAAAAGGUUCCGGAGGAUCUACUAGAGGAAGCCAAAUCUGCAGCUAAAGCUGCACUCGAAGAAAUGGAUGCAGAUUAGUGGCUGCGAUCCCCUCUUGCUAUUUUUGCUUUUAUUUCUCCUCCGAACAAUUUUCUUAAAACUGGCAAUGUUAUGCUAUGGGGUUACGUUAAUUGUUGUCGUUUUACCUGUAUGAAUUUCGAUCCUGCAUUAAUUUGCAACGCAGCUUGAAAAUCCAUGUUAAAAAGAUUAUUGAACUUUUAUAUACUAUAAACAAUCCAUUUUCGUUA